CACUCUUCUACAAUCAGUCUCUCGUUCACUCAUCUCCCUAGCGCAACGCUGCAUCGACACUUUUACCGACACUCCUUUUAUUCUUCCUCUCUCCUCCCCAGCCAUAAAGAAAGAUGGUCUCCGCAAAGUCCUUCGCUCUUUUGACCCUCGUGGGAAUGGCCGCCGCCAUGCCAGGUCCCGUCUAUCGUAUCGAUCGCCGAGUAGUUCGACGAGACGGAGGAAGCCAGAAAGAAGGCGGUUCUGGAAGCGACAGCGAGCAGUACUGUGUGCUAUACAACCUCGACACCCAACUUGCCGAUGAUUACGCCGCUGGUGUCACAAAACAAAUCUGUCCAUCAUUUGGCGGCAAAGCUGAUGGCGGCUUUGGCCCUUGUGGUGAUGGGAGCACGGUCGCCUGCAUAGGAGGCCAAAUGACCAAAUCUCAGGAUUUCGCGAAAGAAUUCAACAAGAAGGCGCAGGAGGCGGAUCCGAAGGGUCAUUUCAUGACCUCGUGCUUUUCUGCCGAUGGCAACAGCAUGUGCGCCAGCGACAUUGGCUGCAAAACUUUCCCUCCGGAGUCCAGCUCAGAGGAUCAAUCGAGCUGUUGAGUAAGCGGUUGAGGGAUCGGAACUUCAUUGGGAAAGCCGCGAAGCAAAAGGCCAACUGUGGCAGAUAUGCGUUGUUUUUUCUAGGUAUUGGCUCGACGAGGGACUCUCGGCACAGCCAUAUCUUGGGAGGUGGAGAGGCCUAGAAUUCUGAUUCGAAUCGUAUUUGGCAAUGCCAAUGUAUUUUUCUUUCUUUCUUCUCUUGCUUCAUUACCGU